AUGGAGGGGACCAAGCAGCUCAUGCAGGUUAUCCAGGAAAUGCGGUCUGAAAUCAUCAAGCUAGAGAGAGAAAACAGAGCCCUCCGGGGAGAACUUCAGUUUGAUGGGCCAAGGGGAGCAAAGCAGGAGAAAGGGGCAGGAGGAGAAGCUAGAAACGAGGAAGCCUGGAGCCUCACUGACUCUGGUGAAGAGGCCGCAGUGGCUUUACGCAGGAAUGUCUCUGCUGGAUCCGCUCUGAUGCUACAGGAACAAAAAGGUAACAUGAUGACUGUCAGGCGUUAUUCCAUCUCCUCUUCAGUGCAUUCACUCUCCAGCAACAAGCACCAUAAAGCUGACAAGAGGAAUCCAUUCAAGGGGACCCGUGAAGUUAAGGGCAUAAUCAAACAACCAGUUUUUCAUCCUGAUAUGCAACUAAGCAAUAAAGAUGAAAAGGGGUUUGCAAAAAUCCCACCUGACUGUCUCUCCAGCAGUACAUCAAAUAAAAGGAGAUCUUUCCAAGAUCAUGUUUACAAAUGCAGGGGUAAAGUAAAGGCUGUAAGUUUUCUGUUACCAGUGGAUAUGUCCCCCUAUUCUGAAAAUCAAGGUUCUUUCACAGGCCAGCAAAAUCAGAACACAAAACAGUUAAGUCCCAUUAUAGAAAAGGACAUGUGAGCUGGUGAAUUUUUAAACGGCCAGCUUGACUCUGGGGAUAAACUAGCCUUCAGCUAUGGUCUGUUGUUGGAUUACGUUUCUGGAAAGCGCUUUGGCAGAAUGCCCUCAAAGAAUCAGCAAAGGCCUGUCAGCGAUGUUGAAAUGGAUGCCUCUUAAUUGUAUAUAUAUAUAUAUAUUUGUAAAAUCCACAGCUUAGUUCAAAGACAGCAUUAA